CAGUUCGCAUGUCGCAUAAGUAAAAAAACACGUUCUAGUAAACUUCCUAGGCAUUCGCUAUAGAAUUUAACUAUCUACAGAAAAUCUAAGCAACUUAACUAUGGAAUCGGAAAUUAAUGGUGCUGUUGUGGAUAACAACAAAAGGCGACAAAAGAAAAAGAAGAACAACAGUCGGUUCCUGCGCAAUGCAAAGGGGUUUGCCAAGCAGGGAAUCUACGGCCGCGGCACCCACAUUGAUGAUGAUCGGUAUAAUUAUUUUAUCAAUAUAUUGGACGCCAUGAAAAAUGGCUUUGAAGAUGUAGAGGAAAAAGUUAACAUGGCCAAUAAUGUAUUCGCCCAAACCACUGAAGAAGAAGUUCAUUUGGCUUCUAAUCAGAUUGUAAGUAAAGCACUGGAGUCUUUAAUUGGUUUUGUGGACUCGGAAAACUUGGAGCGUUUCUUUAGAGCAUUUGGCGACAAUUUCCGCCCCGUUUGCUCGGAUGGCUUUGCCUCGCAUGUCUUACAAAAAAUGGUGGAGAUUGCGUUUUUGCGCGCAUUAGGAAAAGACAGUUUAAAAAAUGCCACCGGAAACGUUGAAGGUACAAUUGAGAUCGCAGAUGCACCAGCAGCUAAACGCGCUAAAAUCGAGGUUCCGUCAUUUAGUGAAGAGUCAUACAACCUUGAAACGGAUUUCAGUACUGAACAUCGGCAUCAGUGCAGUCAGUUUGUUGAGCGCGUGAGUAAGUUUUUACUAAACAAUUUGGAAGAUUUCGUAUGGGACUCGUGUGCUAAUCAUAUCACGCGUACCAGUAUACUUAGCUUGGCGGGUGUGCAUGUGGCGAAAGUGGCAUUCGAAAAGGGUGGUGCUGAUAUUGCGAAAAAUAGAAAGUUGUAUACCGUACCUAAGGGAUGGACGGAAGUACUAGCAGAAUUUCCACAACGUUUAGAAAUGUGGCCCCAAUUCCCAGAUUUUCCUUAUCAAGAACACUCUUCAGCAUUGCUUGGUACCAUUUGCAUUGCUUUACGCGCAACCGACAAACAACUCCUAAAGCAUUUCGGCAAAAAAAUAUUAAUGGAUGCGUUUAUCAAGACGGAGCAAAGUGAAGAAGAGGAGGAAAAGAAACAAGAGUUGGAUAAAGAUGAUGAAAAUGAAUCUAAAGAGAAUGUUAACACAGUUCAAUUACCAAAGGUAUUUGCAUACCAAUCGGCUGUCAUCUUGCUGGAAACGCUGCUUACAGUGGCUGGCGCAAAACUAUUUACUCAGCUCUAUGCCAUGCUAUUCAGCGGACGGAUAUCUCAACUUGCGAAAACGCGACUUACAAAUUUCGCUGUACAAAAACUUCUGCAAAACAUAAAAGAGAAGGAAGAUUUCGAAAACGUUUUCAACGAGUUGGGUAGUGACGUUGAGGAGCUGCUAAAAAUUGGGCAUACGGGUGUUGUGGAAGCGCUCUCUGGAGCCUGCUUGCGGCUUGGUUUAAAACAAGCGCAAUGCAUUGUAGCUCUACAAACGGCUCUCCAUACGCCUGCAAGCGAUAAACAAAAGGCUAAGACUUUCUUCCAUUGUGUUAUCAAGCUAAAACCAUAUGAAGUGGCGCAAACGGACAAAAGUGGUUUUGUGCACCUCCAUGGCUCAUUGAUAGUACAACACAUUUUACGAUUCAACAAGCCAAUUUUUCUGGUCAAUUGCAUAUUGGAGACUCCCGCCGAGCAACUAGCUACCAUCUUCAAUACACCAAAUGGUUCACAUAUAGUUGACGCAUUUCUGCAGAGUAAAUAUAUAGGAGAGAAAUCACGUGAAAAAUUGAUAAGGCAUAUGGACGGGUUCUAUGUGGACUUGGCCAUAACUAAGUUUGGUUCACGCGUAGUGGAGAGUUGUUUUGCGGCCGCGCAAGAGUCGCAAAAGUCACAUAUUGUGAAAGAGCUGGCAGAUAAAGUGAAUAUGCUAAAGGGUACACCUUUUGGUAGGCUACUGUAUAAUAAAUUCCGCGUUGAGACAUUCAGACUUUCGGCGACACAAUGGAAGGCCAGUUUACAUGCGAACAAAGAGCAGAAGGUCGACAAGUUGUUUAAGGAUAUUAUUAAUUGAUUAAUUAAGGAUACUAUCUUUUCUUGGUUCGAUGUAUUUUGAAUUUUUUCUUUUAUGAAUAUUAAAAAUGAUAAUACACUA